ACACUUCUGGGAUGCAUCUGUCUGGGUGCUGAGUAGUUCCAGCAAGGUCCCAUGACCUCAUAGCAUCAAGAAACAAGCCUUGAAGCAGAAGGUGAGAAGCCUGAGGCAUAGACUGGAGGCAAAACUCAGUCAGGUUAUAUCUGCUGAUGCUGGAAUAAGAUGAGUGGCGGUGAAAUAAGCAGCAGACCCCUGCAAAUUUUCUUCCUCACAACUGGGAGAAGAUUCACUGGCCGAAUGGCAGCAGUAGAUGACUUGCAAUUUGAAGAAUUUGGCAUUGCAGCCACUUCUCUGGCAGCAAACCCAGAUGCCACCACAGUAAACAUUGAGGAUCCUGGUGAAACCCCAAAACAUCAGCCAGGACCCCCAAGAGGCUCAGGAAGAGAAGAAGAUGAUGAGUUACUGGGAAAUGAUGACUCUGACAAAACUGAGUUACUUGCUGGACAGAAGAAAAGCUCGCCCUUCUGGACAUUUGAAUACUACCAAACAUUCUUUGAUGUGGACACCUACCAGGUCUUUGACAGAAUUAAAGGGUCUCUUUUGCCAAUACCCGGGAAAAACUUUGUGAGGUUGUAUAUCCGCAGCAAUCCAGAUCUCUAUGGCCCCUUUUGGAUAUGUGCCACGUUGGUCUUUGCCAUAGCAAUUAGUGGGAAUCUUUCCAACUUCUUGAUCCAUCUGGGAGAGAAGACAUACCAUUAUGUGCCCGAAUUCCGAAAAGGUUGUUAUCCAAGAAAAAGGCAGUAUAUCAACAGAAUUACAUUUGGCCUAAUGAGGCAAUUCCCAAUACUGUGGAUUAUCCCCCAGAAAGCUGUUCGUUGGAUUCUAGUCAUGAUUGCCCUGGGCAUCUCAGGAUCUGUCUUGUCAAUGACAUUUUGGCCAGCUGUUCGUGAGGAUAACCGACGGGUUGCAUUGGCCACAAUUGUGACAAUUGUGUUGCUUCAUAUGCUGCUUUCUGUGGGCUGCUUGGCAUACUUUUUUGAUGCACCAGAGAUGGACCAUCUCCCAACAACUACAGCUACUCUGAACCAAACAGUUGCUGCAGCCAAGUCCAGCUAAUGAGGAAAGACUCUCUUCAGAUACCCUCUGCUUGCUGAAGUUUUUCUUGACUUCUCCAGUUCUCUUUUGUUUUUUGGAGCAUGGUUCUUUGGGAAGUGGCAUCCACUGCAGGAAAGCAGAAUGAGCAGAGCCAGCAGAACUGAUGGAGUGGCACAAACUCCCAGUGUCUGGAUGGGGCCAUACUGGUGCCUAAUCACCCGUUUAACAAGCAGAAAUUAAAUGUUGCUCAGCACAUGUGUCUUUCAGCUCUUCUUUUUCACACAUGGAUGGUCAUUGUGAGCAUGUGCUGAUUGGACUGAAAUGCCGGGGAAUGGGUUAGGCAUGCUCAGUGCCGUCCCUUUGCCACCCACAGUCAAAUGACAUGCUUCACUGUGGUACCUUAAUACCCGAAACAGACCCAUGCUAAAUUCUGAUGUCCUCUCUCUGAAUUAUGUACAGACUACCUGGGGGAUCCUCUUCUCUCCAAAUGCUAGCCAUCCUGAAGUAACCGAACAGUAGAAACUUUGGUGGAGAUUAACCGGGAGCUUGAAAAUUUGUCUUUGGUAACCUGAUACUGGACAGCUGAACUAAAUGGUUGCAAAAUAAAUACCUCACAUGAUGUCUGUGACUGCA